AUGCCAGUCGUUUACUCAGGUUUCCGCACGUACAUCCACACCGGCACCACCCCUGGCUAUGUGGGCUUUGUGGCUCUAGUGCCCGCCCACAAGCUGGGCAUGUUCUUGGCGCUCACAGGGGACGACUACGGCUUUGAGUACAGACUGGCCCUGGCCAGCUACAUCCUGGACACCAUGACCGGAGACACGCCCUGGCUCAACACCUCCACUCUCUGCACCUUCCCACAACCCUGGGCCCAGGACAAGACACGCCCACCCUACACCUUUGACCCCAACCUCCCGCCCAGCCGCCCUCUCAGCCAGUACACGGGCGUCUACCGGAGCGACAUCUAUGGGGAUUUGAUUGUGGACUUCAACAUAACCAUGAACGCUCUGCAAAUCAGGUUCUGA